CCCUCUCGUAUUUGGGGUAACCAAUAAAAAUCGUUAUAUUCUUAAAUAGAAUGGUCUCAGCCAGUAUUAGAUCUUGUUCCAGACAGAGUGAAGAAAAUAUUCAGAUAGAUAAAAAGCAGUUAAAGAGGUUUCAUUUUCAAUAACAUUUAACAUCCAAAAGUGCCCGUAUUUGCAAAAUCAACCAUAUAGUCACCUGAUUUGAUGGUCCAUAAAAAAAAAUGUUUUUGGUCCCUGGCUGCCUUACCAACGUUUAUCUGAACAUCAUAAUUCAUUGCUCGUUCUGUCACCCAGUGCUCAGCAAUCUUAUCCCACACUUCUCCUAGCAUAGUGUAAAAAUGAUAACAUAAAGCUAUUUUAUAAGUGCACAUUUUUACAAUUAUUACACUGCAUGCAUCCCAUUUAAAACUGGACUUAAAGACAUGUCCUUCUGCAUAAAGAGCUGACUCCCAGGAGCGUUUGAUGUAUGUCCCAGGCGUUCCCCCAUGCUGGAAUGGGUUUAGAAAGGCUCUAGCUGGAUGCUCUCUGCCUGUCCUGUGGAGAGCGUCUCUGUGUUUGUCUUUGGUUGGUGACAGAGAGGAACAUGUGGUUCUGCGCUGGCCAAUGCUGAGCCUGGACAGGGACAUCAGCACUCACAGACUAACAGCAGUGUUGGCACAGCAGAAGGAUCCCUGCCACCCCUGCAGGAAGCCUACACAGGAAAAACACAGUGAGAGAGAGAGAGAGAGAGAGAGAGGGAGGGGUGAGAGAGUGAUUAGUAACAGAAAGAAGAGGAGAACAGGAUGCAGUGGAAGAGGGAUUUUGCAGAGCAGUCAGCAGAGAGGCGAAAACAAACACAAGGAAAGACUGCUGUGUGACCAGAUUCACAAGAUGUAAAGCAGCUUCAGGAGGAACCCUGCCUGCUUGUUUGCCACUGAUGCUCUGCAACAACAACAGCAGAGGACUUGUUGUAUUUUCAAGGAUAGUGAAGGUGGAAAGGUGCAAUGUGAGAAGCCCUCCUGUGGCCAAGAGGAUGACAAAUUAGCCCUUAUUCAGCAAGGAGAGACAGGAGUGCUCCGAGGAUCUGGAGAUGCUGUCUACAGCUCAGCAGAUGCUGCAGGACAGCCGUUCCAAGAUCGAGCUGAUCCGAAUGCAGAUUAUCAAAGUCACCCAGACUGGUGUUGGGGAUGGGAGCAGCAACCAUGACAGCACCAAUCAUGGAGAAGGAAGUACCCCAGUGGGUGUAAAUCCCCUGGACAUCCAUGUGUUUGAGUUAAAACACUAUGUCCAGAGAGAGACAGAGGUGGUGAAGGUGGCCAGGGAUGUGGUGAAGCAGCUUGAGGAGCUGCCAUCCCAGGACCAAUUGGCCCUGGCUGAGGCCCGGUCCCGUGUGCAAGACUCUUCUCAGAAGCUAGAUCUUCUGCGACUUUCUCUGGAGCACCGCCUGGGGGAGUUAUCUCAGGAGACUCUCCGGGAGCCUGUCACCAAGCAGGGGCUCCCUACAGUAUCCCCACCCCCUGAGGGACAACAGCAAAAUUGCCUACUUUGCUCCUUCCCCUCCUCCACCUCCUCAUCCUUUCUCAAGCCUGCCUCCCUAACAGGCACACUUGAGGUCAUGCUUCUGGGAUGUGAGGACUUGCUGAAAUCACUGCCAGGACGAGGCCAAAUAACCAGUGGAUCUUCUUCUCCGGAGAGCCCACCAGAUUUCAAUGUCAACAGCCAACCUGAUCACACAGAAAACCUCUCCUUGGAGAUAAGUGCAGUGUUGAAACUGGAUAACAGAGUGGUGGGUCGUACCCACUGGAGACCUUUGAGCAAGCAGGCCUGGAGACAAAGCUUCAGCAUCCAACUGGAGCGGUCUCGGGAGCUGGAGAUUGGGAUCUACUGGCAAGACUGGAGGGUGAUGUGUGCAGUCAAGUACCUGCGCCUGGAAGAUUUCCUGGACAACCAACGACAUACCCUGUGUUUGUGCCUUGAGCCCCAGGGAACACUCUUCACUGAGAUUACGUUUGUCAACCCUGUGAUUGAGCGCCAACCCAAACUAAGGCGUCAGAGGUGCAUUUUCACAAAAGAGAAAGGGAAGAACUUCCUUCGUGCUGCCCAGAUGAACAUGAACUUUGCCACAUGGGGUCAUCUGAUGAUGAGUGUCCUGCCUCAAUGUUCCUUUACCACUUUGAGUCCAUCUACUUCCUCUGAUGUUGUGGUCAACCCCUCACCUUCUACCAAUAAGGCCACUCGGUCAACCCCCCUACUGCCAGGUGAAGUGCCGGUGAUUAGUCUUAACAUAAGUGAGGAGCGUUUAGCAUUUAAAACGUUUAGCGUUGACCAAGGAAGAAACAUACCCAACACGGUGUCAACAGCACAGAAAACACCACCUAUGCCUACUCUGACAGAAAAAGAGUCCUCCAUUGAAAACUACACAGAGAGAACAAGGAUGCAGAUGGAAGACUUCAAAUGUAUCUCUGUCCUGGGAAGAGGACACUUUGGAAAGGUACUUCUAGCUGAGUUGAAGAAGACAGGAAAACUCUAUGCCAUUAAAGCCUUGAAGAAGAGGGAUAUUGUAACCCGUGAUGAAGUGGACAGUCUUAUGUGUGAGAGGAGGAUCUUCGAGAUGAUCAAUGCAUCGAGGCACCCUUUCCUGGUCAACCUGCACGGCUGUUUCCAGACCAGUGAGCAUGUUUGUUUUGUCAUGGAGUACUCACCAGGAGGAGACCUCAUGAUUCACAUCCAUAAUAACGUCUUCUCUGAGUUGCAGACCAGGUUCUACUCAGCCUGUGUUUUGCUGGGUCUAGAGUUCCUGCAUCUGAAUAAGAUAGUUUAUCGAGAUUUGAAGUUAGACAACUUGCUGAUGGAUGCAGACGGAUUUGUUAAAAUCACAGACUUUGGACUUUGUAAAGAAGGGAUGGGGCAUGGCGACCGGACAUCAACAUUCUGUGGAACCCCAGAGUUCCUGGCGCCUGAGGUGCUUACUGAUGAUAACUACACACGAGCUGUGGACUGGUGGGGCAUGGGCGUCCUUAUCUUUGAGAUGCUUGUGGGAGAAUCUCCAUUCCCAGGAGAAGAUGAAGAGGAGGUGUUUGACAGCAUAGUUAAUGACGAUGUUCAGUAUCCUGGAUGCCUCUCUCCAGACUCCAUCUCCAUCAUUCAAAAGCUUCUUAAGAGGAAUCCAGAGAAAAGGCUGGGAGCCGGAGAAGGGGACGCAAAUGAAGUCAAGGAAGAGAAAUUCUUCAAGACUAUAGACUGGGAUGCACUGCUAGCUAAAAAAGUGAAACCUCCGUUCCUGCCAAAAAUUAAGGAGUCUGUGGAUGUCAGUAACUUUGACAGCGAGUUCACGAGUCUCCAGCCGAUCCUGUCACCUCCUCCCGUGUCCUGCAGCCUCUCCCCUGAGCAGCAGGAGGCCUUCGCAGAUUUUGACUUCUCAGCCCUGCAUGGAUGAAGCAAUCAGAGACCAGGGUUGCAUCCAGCUGAUGAAAUGGUUGCAUGAACAGUUCCAUAGCACAACCUUUUCAUAACUGACAAUAACUGAAUGUAGCUCGCCCCAACGGGUACAUGUAGAUGAGGCGGACUGUCCUCACUGCCAUCAAAAGCCAUCAUCAACAAACUCAACCAAGCAGGAUAUGGGAUAUUCUGCAGGUGGAAAGUAAUUUGAAUGCAACCCUGGUAUUUCUGUGCCAUGAAUUAGUCUGACGGCCAAGUUCUAUGACUGUUUCAUUGUUUAUAGUACCCAGUGAUAUCCAAACAUUAAUACUAGUGUGUAAUGCUCUGGAUUUCACUCAAAUACAAUUGGCUGCCAUCUACGAAACAUAACAGAUUUGAUGAGCGGUCUAAUGUGGACAGAAUUUGAGCAUGCUUUGUGGCCUUUGCUUAUUUUGCUAUUAUCAGAUAACUGUUCCCUUUAGAGAGGUACACGCUGCCAUUUCUAUGCAUCACUGUGAGAGGCUUUGCCCACUGCCUUGACUGAGCAAAUGAAAAAGGCUAUUUAUUCCUGUUACAAUGUCUUUUCAAAAUGUUGUUCUGUGUGAAGAUGAAAAAUUCCAUGUUCUCAUAUCUGGGUCCAGUCAUUCCCUACCAAUGUGUGUUUAACUACUAACUCCUACUAACAUACAGUGCCUUGCGAAAGUAUUCGGCCCCCUUGAACUUUGCGACCGUUUGCCACAUUUCAGGCU